AUGCAGACCAACCAUUCGAACGUCAUAUUCGACCAUUUUCAGAAUGACUCUAAUAACAGUCUUAUGUCACUAUCCAGACAGAAACACAACUCAAACUUCUUUGGUUCCAAACAGAUUCUCAACAACUCCAAAGUUGAUUUGAGAGAGUCAUCAGAGCAUCAUAUUAACCUUAUAGAAAGCAAGAAGAUGGGGCAUUCUAUAAAGUUUAAUACCCAGUUUUGCAAUUACGACCAAUCUGAUGAAUAUGUUAACAUUACCUUUAUGUUCAAUAUCCAAAUCAACAACCUUCCAUUAGUACAGAAUUCCUUCUCAAAUUCUACUGAUCUCUCAGAAUUGUACGAUUUUGUAGAGAAUACCGAGUAUGUAAAGAGAAGAAAUGACCCAAAUAGAAACUUUAAGAUUUCUUACUCGCCAUCAUGGAAUUCGGAAUGUCUUCCGGAUUCUGGCAGCAUAGAAAAUUACAUUAAUUUCCAUAGUAAUAAUAUUACAUUGUAUGUUAAUUUCCAAUAA